AUGGCUAACAACAAUAAUUCUAAUCCUCCGCCUAACAAUAAUACUAAUCCUCCACCUCUUAAUAAUCUUAAUCCUCCACCUAACAAUAAUGCUAAUCCUCCGCCACUUAAUAAUCUUCAUCCUCCACCUAACAAUAAUCCUCCUAACCUCGAGGAAAUAAUUCAAAUGGUAGCAGUUAAUAUGAAUGCGCAAGGAAUCGAUGCUUCAUUUUUACAAAAUGGAAGAGAAUUAUUCUAG